GCUAGCUGUAGGAGGCGCUCGGUAGGAGUCCCAGAGGCUGACUCAGGAGGCAGAGUAGGCGUCAGGGCAGGACCUGCUCACGCCUCGCGUGCCACGCUAGGCGGGGGGCGCCGGGCGACCGCCUGCGUAUGCGCACAGUAGCCCGCCCGGAUGGCCAAACAAGAGGGGAAAGUGUUCAUAGGCGGCCUCAGCUGGGAGACCACAGACCAGAAGCUGCGGGCAUACUUUGAGAACUAUGGGACGGUGCAGGAGGCGUUUGUGUCAUACGAUAAGCACACGGGGCGCCCCCGCGGCUUUGGCUUUGUCGUCUUUGCCGACCCGAUCAUCGCAGACAAGGUGAUCAGCGUGCAGCACACGAUUGACCGGCGUGAGGUGGAGGCCAAGAAGGCGCUGCCCAAGGACGAGAGCCCCGUGCGUAAGGAGGAGCAGGCGGCGAGCGGCGGGCACCGCACCAAGAAGGUGUUUGUGGGCGGGCUGGCGGCCACCGUGGAUGAGGACACCUUCCGAGCAUACUUUGAGGAGUUUGGGCUGGUGGACGACGCGGUGGUCAUGUUCGACCACGAAAACAAGCGGCCCCGCGGCUUUGGCUUCAUCACGUUUGCGGACGAGGAGUCUGUGGAUGCUGUGUUUGCGCGGGGCACGAUCCAGACCAUCCACGACAAGCAGAUUGAGAUCAAGCGGGCGGUGCCGCGCGACAGCAUGCCCCCCAGCCCCCGCGCCCUGCAGCACCGCUCCCCCAUGGCGCACCACCCCGGCGUGCCGCCCGCCUACGACCACAUGCCGCCCGAGAUGUACCACCACCGCCGAGGCCCGCCGCCACACUACGGCGGGCGCGGAGGGUAUGGGGGCGCCGGGCCGGGCGGCUACGCGGGCGGCGGGUACCGAGGAGGGUACGCCGCGCCGGCCAUGCAUGCCGGCAUGCAGCCGCACCACGGCGGCUACGGCGGCGGCGGCGGCCUCUCGCGCGGCGGCGGCGGCAUGCGCAGCCCGCCCCACCACGCCCAGCACCACAUGGGGGGCGGCGGCCUCCCGCCGCAGCCCUUCACGCCGCCAGCAGUAGUCACGGGCAUCCCCGCCAACAUGGCUGCCACUCCCGAGGGCGCUGCGGCCAUUGCCGGCGGCCAGGCAGUGGCUGCCGCGCUGCCGGUGAUGGGCAACGCGCCAACCAUGGCAGCCCAGAGAAACCAGCUGGCCGCCAUGUCUGCCGCGGCCGCCGCCACGCCGCUGCAGCCCAGCCAGCUGGUGGCCAGCUUCGGUGCGCUGCCCAGCAACGUGCAGGCGGCGGCCGCAGCCGCGGCUGCCACCCACCUGGGCUCGCCGCCAGCCGCCUACGGCAUGCCUGACGCCACGAGCGCGGCGGCCGCGGCGCAGCAGCAGGCCGUGGCCGCGCAGGCCCAGGCGCAGGUGCAGGCAGCUGCCCAGAACCUGGCCGAGCUGCAGCAGCAGCUGGCCCCGGCGUGCCUGCCGGCGGCGCUGGCCUGCGGCCGCUCCCUUUGGUCUACGCUCUCCAGGCUGGGAGAGGAGGGCAGGAGUUCUGUACCCGGCCGGCCAUCAUAUAGCACAGGCGCUGCCGAGGCAAGGACCCAUGGCAACCUGCAAGACUCCGAUAGAAUCUUCACCAAUCUGUAUGGACGGCACGACCCCUUUCUGGAGGGUGCUCAGAAGCGGGGAGACUGGUACCGCACUGCCGACUUGAUUGGCAAAGGCCCCGAGUGGAUCAUCUCGGAGGUCAAGGCCAGCGGCAUCCGCGGCCGCGGCGGCGCCGGCUUCUCCACAGGCCUCAAGUGGUCCUUCAUGCCCAAGAACUUUGACCGGCCGCACUACCUGGUGGUGAAUGGCGACGAGGGGGAGCCGGGGACGAGCAAGGACCGUGAGAUCAUGCGCCACGACCCGCACAAGCUGCUGGAGGGCAUCCUGCUGGCGGGGGUGGCCACGCGGGCGCAGGCCGCCUACAUCUACAUCAGGGGCGAGUACCGCAACUACCGGCACAGCCUGGAGCGGGCCAUUGGGGAGGCCUACCAGGCGGGCUACCUGGGCAAGAAUGCGUGCGGCAGCGGCAUGGACUUUCACGUCUACACCCAGCAGGGGGCGGGCGCGUAUGUGUGCGGCGAGGAGACGGCGCUGCUGGAGAGCCUGGAGGGCAAGCAGGGGCGGCCGCGCCUGAAGCCGCCCUACCCAGCCAAUGCCGGCCUGUACGGCUGCCCCACCACCAUCAACAACGUGGAAACCAUCGCCUCCAUCCCCGCCAUCCUGCGCCGCGGCUCCUCCUGGUAUUCCAGCCUGGGCCGCCGCAACAACACGGGCACCAAGCUGUUCAGCAUCAGGCACGCCACAGCCUCCCAAUGCCCGCGGGGCUGCCGGCCACGUCAACCGCCCGUGCACGGUGGAGGAGGAGAUGAGCAUACCUCUCAGGCAAGGCAGGAGCUGAUUGAGAAGCACGCGGGCGGCGUGCGCGGCGGGUGGGACAACCUGCUGGCGGUCAUCCCGGGCGGCUCCUCGGUGCCCCUCGUCCCGCAGAGCGUGGCCUCUGAGGUGCUGAUGGACUACGACAGCCUGCAGGAGGCGGGCACCUACUUUGGCACGGGCGCGGUCAUUGUGAUGGACAAGUCGACGGACAUAGUGGAGGCCAUCCGCAGGCUGAGCUGGUUCUACAAGCACGAGAGCUGCGGCCAGUGCACGCCCUGCCGCGAGGGCUCCGGCUGGCUGUGGGACAUCCUCACUCGCAUCCAGACUGGCGAGGCAGACGUGAAGGAAAUUGACAUGGCCAUCAGCAUCAGCAAGAUCAUUGAGGGGCACACCAUCUGCGCGCUGGGAGAUGCGGCAGCCUGGCCGGUGCAGGGCCUCAUCCGCCACUUCAGGCCGCUGGUGGAGGAGCGCAUUCGGGAGCGCCAGGCGGCGCGUGCCAACAACCAGCUGCCCCCCUUAGAUGACCUGCACCGCAAGCCGCACCACAGGGAGGGGCUGACCAUCCCAGCCGGCUCAUUGCAGCAUGCCAUUUAA